UGAUGUCAUCUGUGGAACAUCACUACGUCCUGUGUCGUCUGUGACUAACUGUGUCUCAUCACUACGCCUGUCUGUCAAUAAACGUUUUAUGGCCGCUACCGACGCCCAUUAUUUCACACAAAUGCAGAAAUAUCACAGUGGCGACGAGGAUUAAAUAUUGUCGCGCUAAAGAUCGUCGAAGUGAAAGUGUAAAGAAUUGCAAAAUGGCAAUAGGAAAGAUAGGUGAAUUUAAAGUCAGUACUGACGACUGGGGAUUGUACGUCGAGCGAGUUGAACAGUAUUUUUUGGCGAAUAACAUUAAAAAUGAACUUCAGGUUUCCACCCUGAUUACCGUUAUGGGCGCGGAAUGUUACGAAUUGCUAGUAAAUUUGUGCACGCCGGAGAAACCAAGCAAAAAAACGUUUGAAGAGAUAUCGUCCAUCUUGGAAAAACACUUGCAACCCAAACCGAGCAUUCUUGCCGAAAGAUUUAAAUUUCGACAAAGAAUACAAAAGGAAGGCGAAAGCAUCGCAGAAUACGUCGCAAUUUUAAAAAAAAUGUCUAAAUCUUGUGAAUUCGGAGGCGGGUUAGACGAAAGCAUGCGCGACCAACUAGUAUGCGGCAUCAGUAGUGAAAUAAUCAGACAGCGGCUUUUUGCGGAGGAAAAGUUGGAUUAUGCGAAGGCCUAUAAAUUAGCUGUCAGUAUAGAGGCCGCGGAGAAAAAUGCUGCAAUUGUAGAGGGUCAGGCACGAUCAUCAACGCCUGUCGAAACUAAAUGCCUAGCUAUUAAGAACAUGCGGCGAAACACGGUACGUCCAUGGGGCCCAGCAAAGGAUCAUGUAGCAUCGACGCAUCGUAACAAGUUGAAUGUCGGCACAACAACAGAAGUAUCGUCGGAGCCAGCAGAGCGCGGCCGUCCUUAUCAGCAGUGCGGGGUGUGUGGGAGAUCACACCACACAGCUAGCUGCAAGUUUGCUAAGUAUUUUGCAGGGUGUGUAAUAAACAAGGGCAUCUGA